ACCCGGCAUCCUGGCAUACUCUUCCAAACAAAAAAAAAUUAAGUAUAUAGAAUGCCAUCCCUCAGAUGUUCGACUUGGAAAAUGAGCUAUUUUUUAUCCUUGUUCAUUGAAUAUUUGCCGAAAACACCAUGCUAUAGCGAUGAGAAUUUCAUGCGAUUUAAAUAGGCCUGGCCUAAGAUCGAUAUUUAAGGAGUGCGAGCCUUCAUGUCUUUUUGCAGUUGUUUUAAAAAGAAAAUUGAUAAAAAUCGAAUUAAAAUAUAAUAUUAAUAUAUAUAUGAGAAAAAUAAAAACAAAUGAUCUUGCUGAACUAAUUAAUGAGUUCCAAUAGGAAUCGUUACCGAAUAGCAAGUCUGGUCUGUUCGAUUACAAUUCAUAUCGAUUACUUACACUUGUUUAUACACGAAAGAGUCAUCCCUUCAAACAUGUGAAAUAAAAAAACAUCGAUCAUUAUUUUAUCUUUUGUGACAAAAACAUUUGUCAUCUACGGAAAAUCUUUGUAAUCAACUAGUUUCAGAAUAAGAGUAAAUAAUAACGAAAAACUAUAAUUUUCGAAAUUCUUAAACGAAAAUAAAAUUCAAACUAAUAAACUUUAUAUUUAGUCAACGAUCUCGUUCGGAAAAAACAUCCAAUGAUUUGUUAGAAAUUGACAGGUACCAAAUAUUUUUGUUUUUUAUUUUAAAAAAUCUCUCUUCGUUUGCUUUUUGUUUCUUCUUCAAAGUGUUCGUUUUCUCGAAGGUCGUGUUGAUUCGAUUGCUAAGCCAUUUUAUGCAUUUAUUGAUAUUCUAUUAGACGAACAACGUGGUUUACUUAAAUUAAUACGUAUGACAUUAGUUCAAUUUAUUCGUGUUACAUAUGGAAGUACAAUAAAUCGACAAGUACGUCGAUAUAUUGUUAGCUUGUUUCAAGAAGAAUAUAUAGUCAAAUAUUUAAUUAUGCUACGAGAUACAUUUUGGCCAAAGACUCCACCUGUUGAACGACAAACACGUACAGAUGAUGAAAAACGAGAACGAAGACAACAAGCUAAACAACACUUGUUAUCUAAUAUACCAGGUUUUGCAAUGAGAAAAUUUCCAAAUACAAAGAAAUUUAUCUGA